GUGAAUAUAAAAAUGCAAAGUUUCAAUUUCGGAUUAUUCUUAAUUUUUAUGUUACUUUCAAUAUUUACAUUAAUUAAAGCUGGAGAACAUCAUCAAGAGCAUAUUGAUCAUAAUGAUUAUCAUGACUAUCAUGCACAUCCUAAAUAUAAAUUUGAUUAUGGUGUGCAUGAUGCCCACACUGGUGAUAGUAAAAAUCAAUGGGAAAUAAGAGAUGGUGAUAUUGUUAAAGGUGGAUAUGAAAUUCAUGAACCUGAUGGCACAAAACGUGUUGUUGAAUACAGUUCAGAUAAACAUACUGGUUUUAGUGCACAUGUUAAAAGAGUUGGUCAUGCUCAACACCCUCAUGUGUAUGGAUAUCAGCAUGGACAUGAAGAGGAACACGGACAUGAACACGAACACAUUGAACAUCAUGGUGCCACCAGUUAUGCCAAUGUAAAUUUGCAUCAUGAACCUCAUCAUAUCAUACAUCAUCCUUAAAUACAAAGAUUUCUUUUUUAAGUAGGUAUCUACAUAUUAUUUACUAUAUGUAUUUACUUAGUAAUAAAUAAAUUAAUAAUGUUUGUGUUUGUGAAUUUCUAAAUAGAAGUAAGGGGCAAUCGAAAAGUGCAAUAAUAAAAUUUUUCUUUUUAUUUUAAUUCAAUAUUUACACUUACAUUUAAUUAACAUUAGGAAAAUUAAAUUAAGAAA